CGUCAAAACAGGAAGCGUCCUUUCACACCGGAAGUGUAUCAGUUCGGGGAAAAAAACUCAUUUAUGAACACGAAAUUCAUAAUAUAGAAACAAAGUUACAGUUUUUCAUAGCAUAACAAAUGUUCCGCUUUAUAAUCCACAUCAAAAAACACACACCAAGCGGAGACAAAAGUUUUCAUCUUGGAAUACUCGCAAAGCAACGAAACUGGCCCGUCCACUUCCUGUCACCAUGCCUGCUCUGCAGGACAGACCGAAGCUGUCCAACGCCAUGGCCAGAGCCCUCCACAAGCACAUUAUGAGAGAAAGAGAUCGCAAAAGACAGGAGGAGGAAGAGGUGGACAAGAUGAUGGAGCAGAAGAUGAAAGAGGAAGAAGAGAGAACAAAUUCCACAAUUAUGUCAUUGUAAUUGGUGUCUGUUUUCUUCCUAAUCUUAGAGGAGGAAGAGGUGGACAAGAUGAUGGAGCAGAAGAUGAAGGAGGAAGAAGAGCGAAAGAGAACAAAAGAGAUAGAGGAGAGGAUGUCACUGGAGGAGACGAAAGAACAGGUGAUGAAGAUGGGGGAGAAGCUGCAGGGACUGCAGGAGGAGAAGCAUCAGCUCUUCCUCCAGCUGAAGAAGGUCCUGCACGAGGAGGAGAAGAGGCGCAGGAAGGAGCAGAGUGAUAUCACAACACUGACGUCAGCCAGCUACCAGUCCAGUCUAACCAUGCACACAGGACAGCAUCUCCUCAACAUCCAAGGCAGUCCAGUCAGUCACAACAGGCCCGGGGCUCUCAUGUCGGAGCGCAGUAAGCAGUUGUUUCCAACACCUGUCAUCCCGAGUGACCGUUUCACUCUCCUCGCCCCACAGGGCCGCCACUACCAGAGCCAGCCUGGAUUCAGUGCGGGCCUGGCAGAGCACGGCCAGUUCGGUGGCAGUCAGUCAGUCCACGAGAGCUACAGCAUGGCCCAGACACAGCACCCCUCCAGCUACGCCCCCAGCCCCUCUGUACCCGUCAGCUUCGCCAAUAGUUCCCAGAUCAGAGGUGCGUCUGCGUUCCAGGCCAUGCAGUACCUUCCUCAACAGCCUGGCUACGCUGUUCACAGUCACUUCACCUCCCAGCAAGGAUUCAUCCCUGUUGCUGGAAUACCCCUUCAGAAGCAGUUGGAACAUGCCAACCAACAGUCUGGCUUCACUGACGGGGGUGCUAUGAGACCCAUGCACCCCCAAUCCCUCCAUGCAUCUGUUGAUGGCCUGCUGCCCACCCCCCCCUUGGCUGUCCAGAUCCCCACUCCAAAGCAGGCACCUUUCCAGAGCUCUCCCCAAACGGCUCCCCGCCAUGCCUUCCUCCCCCAUGCCCAGAGUUCACAGAGGUUCUAUCACCACAGCAAGUAAUCAUGGUUACCUGCCUAAACUAUCUCCCCUGGGAGUUCUUAUCGUUCAGAUUUCAUUGGCUCACUCAAGAUUCGAGAAGACUGGAAUUAUGUCAUAGUAAACUUGGAUUAUGAUGGUUGAUUGUAAAGCCCAAACCCACAGGCUUGACUUUAAUAUUUAUUGUAUAGUUAAUUUUAUUACUGCUGAAUUACUUGAGUUUUAGUGGCCUAAAUGUUCUAGGAAAUUUCUCCUGAAACUGUAUAGUGUUUUACUUUUUGAUUUUGUGUUUGGAUCUAUUACCUCGGAAACUGUCCUCCAAAAAUUUUUAAAAAAAAUCACAAUUUAACAAUUUGUCUUUAAUUUAGUUUGGGAUGGGAGACGUUCUGCACAGUUUGGACUUUGUGAAUACAAUAAAGCAAAAAACAUGCCAUAAC